ACGGAAAUGAGCCGCAGGGCUGCACCUACACCUACUGGAGCCUCACCUUCGCCGCCCAAGAAGGUGCCUGCCCUGGCUAGCACAACCGCAACCAAUAAUGAGUUGAUGAGACUUUUUGAGUGUGAGGAAUGCUUUGACUUUGUGUUACCACCCAUUUUUCAGUGUCAGGGUGGCCAUCUUGUUUGUGGCAGUUGUCGCCCAAAGCUCACACGUUGUCCAGUCUGCCUGGGCCAGUUGGGAUCCUUUCGCAACUUGGCUCUGGAGAAAGUGGGCGAUUCCUUGCUAUUCCCUUGUAAAUACGCCUCUUCUGGAUGUGAGGAAACUCUGCGACACACUGCAAAAGCAGACCACGAAGACCUCUGUAAGUUUAGGCCUUUUCCGUGCCCGUGCCCUGGUACUUCCUGUAAAUGGCAAGGCUCUCUGGAUACUGUAACGACCCAUCUGAUGCAUCACCAUGAGACCAUUAUAACCCUAGAGGGAAAAGAAGUCGUUUUCCUUGCUACACAAAUUAAUCUUCCUGGUGCUUUUGACUGGGUGAUGCUGCAGUCCUGUUUUGGCUUUCACUUCUUGUUGGUCUUGGAGAAACAGGAAAACUACGACGGUCACCAGCAGUUCUUUGCAAUCGCACAGCUGAUAGGAACACGCAAGCAAGCUGAAAAUUUUGCUUAUAGAUUUGAACUAAAUAGUGAUAGGCGGCGAUUGGCUUGGGAAGCGACUCCGAGAUCUAUUGAUGAGAAAAUUGCAACAGCCAUUGGGAAGAGCGACUGCCUAGUCUUUAACACCAGCACUGCACAGCUUUUUGCAGAAAAUGACAAUUUAGGCAUCAAUGUAACUAUUUUCAUGUGUUGA